AUGGCUAAAUCAUUAAGAAGAAGUGAAGAAUGCAGACAAGACCAAGCUUGUAUCGACAAUAGUUGUGUUAACCCUUGUGUCAAUGCCUGUGGUACAAAUGCCAAUUGCAAAACGGUGGGCCAUAAUCCGGUUUGCAGUUGUCCUACCGGUUACACGGGAGAUCCAUUUACACAUUGUAGAGUAUUUAAUCCUGAAGAAUUAUGUCAUCCAAGUCCUUGUGGAGUCAAUACAAAAUGCACUGUUAGAAAUAACGUGCCAACAUGUUCCUGUCUGCCAGGUUUCACAAAGGGUAGCCCUCUAACUGGAUGUCAUCAUGAGUGCGAAUCUGAUUCUGAAUGCAGUUCUUCGCAAAUUUGUGAAAAUUUCAAGUGUACAAGUGCCUGCUCAAAAUGUGGAGAAAAUGCCAUAUGCAGUAAUGUUGUGAAUCACAGAGCCGUGUGUAAUUGUCCAACGAACUACAUAGGAGAUCCACAUCAUAAAUGUCGCCCGGAAUGUUACACAAAUUCAGAAUGCCCUUAUAAUAAACCAGUGUGUGUUAUGGGAGGUGUUUGCCAUAAUCCCUGUGAAAAUGCAUGUGGGGCAUACGCCAAUUGCGAGUUAAGACAAACUACGCCAGUUUGCAGUUGUCCAAAACAUAUGACCGGGAAUCCUCUAAUUGCAUGCAGAGUAUUUGAAAAACGUGAUUUAUGCGAUCCUAAUCCUUGUGGUUUAAAUGCUGAGUGUAAACCAGGUUUCGACAACAUAGGUAAUGAGCGCCCGGUUUGUACUUGCCCUAAAGGAUAUUUUGGCAAUGCUCUUCAUAAGUGUACCAGAGGCGAAUGCUUUAGCGAUAGUGAAUGCCCCAACCAUUUAGCGUGUUCUCAAUAUAAAUGUGUCGAUCCAUGCAUUGGACACCCUUGCGGAAUACAAGCAAUAUGCGAGUCUCGUGAGCAUAAAGGAGUUUGUACUUGUCCUGAAGGAACCAAAGGCGAUGCAUUAGUUUCUUGCAGGCAAAGCAGACAAUAUUACGGAAGAAAUUACUUGGCUAGAUACUUUUACAAAUAA